GAAGCUUAAAAUCUUGAGAAUGAAGAUAAAUAUCACUGAAAAUAUGAAGGAGAAGGAAUUCCCAUUUUGGUUUGGAGGAUUAGCAAGUUGUAUAGCUACUUUUAUUACACAUCCUUUGGAUCUUAUAAAAGUAAGAAUGCAGACAAGCAAAAAAAGGUUAACAGGAUUAACUGGGACAAUUAUGAAUAUUUUAUAUUAUGAAGGGUUUAAAACUAUGUAUAGUGGAUUAACAGCUAGUAUUUUACGUCAAGCAACAUAUUCUACAGUACGUUUUGGAGUAUAUCAUGAACUAAAAGGUACAAUUUCAGAACAAACAGGUAAAUCACCAACAUUUAGUACACUUGUUUGUAUAGCAACAGUAUCAGGAGCGUAUAAAACUUGUAUUGAAAUAUCAUCAACUUACUUUAAUAGUAUUGGAGGAAUUGUUAGUAAUCCAAUGGAUAUAAUUAAUAUUCGUAUGCAAAAUGAUAAUUCAUUACCAUACAAACAAAGAAGGAACUAUAAAAAUGUAUUUCAUGGGUUAUAUACAAUGUUCAAAUAUGAGGGACUUUUUUCUUUUUUUAGAGGAAUACUUCCUAAUACAACGAGAGCUAUGCUUGUCACAGCAAGUCAAUUAUCUAGCUAUGAUCAAUUUAAAGAAAUCUUAGGGGAAUCUGGUUAUUUCUCAAAAGGAAUUUCAAGGAAUUUUUUGUCUGCAGUAUUAGCUGGAUUUGUUGCAACUACAAUAUGUUCUCCACUAGAUGUAAUGAGAUCAAGAGUUAUGAGUUCAGAUAAAUAUAAAAACAUGUUUGUUGUUUUUAAGGAAGAAAUCAAAAAAGAAGGAAUAAAAUUUGUAUUUAGAGGCUGGAUGCCAUCUUUUAUAAGAUUGGGUCCUCAUACAAUUAUUACUUUUAUUAUUUUAGAAGAAGAGAAGAAACUUUGGCAAAAGUGCUGUAUAAAAAAGGUUUCUGAAUUAUAAAAAUUUGUAAAACUUAUUAUUUAGAUGCAUUAUAUAUAGUCCAA